AUGGUGUCGGUGGCCAUCGCGCUGGCGUUUGUGCCGCUGGUGCUGGCGCUGGCGCUGCGCUCCCGGCACUAUGCGGUGCUGCUGGCGCGGGUGGCGCUGGGCUGGCCGGACCGGCUCAGCUCCGCACCGCGCGAGCACCGCGCCCUCCAGUACCUGCUGACGCACGCGGUGCCCGGCGACCCCCGCCACGUGCUGCUCACCCUCGACCUGAGCCGCCGCUGCGAGCACCUCAGCUGCGUGGGGCCCGACAAAGGGCGCGUGGUGGAGCGGGUGCUGAGCGCGCGGAGCCCGCGGCGGGUGCUGGAGCUGGGCACAUCCUGCGGGUACGGGGCCGUGCUGCUGGCGGGUGCUGCCCCCGGAGCGCGGCUGCUGACGGUGGAGAGGGACCCACAGCGAGCGGCCAUGGCGGAGAAGGUCAUCCGGCUGGCGGGGUUCGAUGAGAGCACC